AUGCAAUGCAUCAUCUCAUCUUUAUUUUUUCUCAAAUUAAUUAAUGUUUCUUCUUUGUUGCAGUAUUCACAUUCCAAGAUCACCUUCUUUCCAUGGAACUACUCAAUCCCUAGCUUAACCAUGGGAAGAAAGCAAAAAAAGUCUACUCGCCCUCGUCAAAUAAAGAUUGAUACGGUGGAGAUAUAUAGAAUUAGUGGCUUACCGGAUCAUGUAAUAGACCAAAUUCUGUCUUACUUGCCAAUUAGGGAAGCAGUGAGAACGAGUGUUUUAUCCAAAAUAUGGAAGAACAAAUGGUACACACUUCCAAAUCUUGUGUUUGAUAAGCAUGGUGUCUCUGAUGCAGUUAACGAGAGCAUGCUUUUGAAAAUUGUUGAUCAUGUACUUUUAGUUCAUUCGGGGCCAAUCAACAUGUUCAAGUUUGUUAACGAAGAUCUUCCUGAAAUUCUUCAGAUUGAUAUGGAUCGGUGGAUUCUUCAUCUAACCGGAAGCUUUGAAAAAUCUUUCCAAUUAGUUACGGUAACGGUUGAUUCAAGGUUGAAUUUGAGUCUUGAAAACAAUCAAAGUACAUUGCAUAGACGCUCUAGCAAUUUGCUCGAUUUUCUCGAUCGUCGACCUCACCUGCAAAGCCUAGUAAUUGGUAGUUGCUUUCUAAAGUAUUUGGCUGCAGGUGUUUUGCCAGUAAAGCUUCCUACUCCUUGCAUUGGCCUAACUUAUCUUUCCCUAAGCAUAAACUUUGAUGACUUGAAGGAAAUUUCGGCUGCGCUUUGCUUGCUGAAAAGCUCACCUAAUCUUAAAAAGUUAGAAAUAUAUGCACGGAUUGAGCAUCAUACCGUCCCUUUGACACCCGUCGGUGUCUAUUAUAGGGAUGAUACAUUUUCAAGGCCAGACACACCCAUCCAAGUGCGACAUGUGACAAUAGAUGGCAUCUCUGGUUUCCAACCUGAACUGGAUAUGAUCAGAUUUCUACUUCUCUAUUCGCCUGUGCUAGAAAAGAUGAUUGUGAAACCUAUUGUAAAUGUCAGACCAGAGUUGGUUCCACAACUAAUUCGGUUCAAAAGAGCGUCAGGAGAAGCUGAAGUUAUUUACGAGGUGGUAGACUCUUCAUAA